GGCGGGUCGGCGGUCGGCCAAGGCCCGCCCCGAGCCGGGAGGGGAGAGGGCGGGCCCAGGCCAGCGUUUCCACGUUUGCAAAGUUUGCAAAGUCGCGGCCGGACCGAGCCUGAACCCGAACCUGAACCAGCCGGCCCAGGCCGUGUCCCGCUCGUCUCCGGCUCCCUCCCGAGGGGCUGCAUGGCGGCGCUGGCCCGAGCGGCCCGGCCCCGAGGGCUCCCUCCGUCCCCGCCGCCGCCCUCGCUGCUGCUGCCCCUGCUGCUGCUUGGCGUGGCGGGCCGGGCGGCGCCGGGGCUCGGACCCGAGCUCCAGGUGGAGCGGCGCUCCGUGCCCGACGAGUGCCCGCGGGCCGUGCGCGCCGGAGACUUCGUGCGCUACCACUACGUGGGCACCUUCCCCGACGGCCGCCAGUUCGACUCCAGCUAUGACCGGGGCUCCACGUUCAACGUGUUUGUGGGCAAGGGUCAGCUGAUCGCGGGCAUGGACCAGGCGCUGGUGGGCAUGUGUGUGAACGAGAGGAGGUUCGUGAAGAUCCCCCCCCAGCUCGCCUACGGGGAGGAAGGCGUGCCCGACGUGGUGCCCCCCAACGCGGUGCUGCACUUCGACGUCCUGCUCACGGAUCUGUGGAAUUCCGAAGACCAGGUCCAGGUUCACACUUACUUCAGGCCCCCCACGUGCUCCCGCACCAUCCAGGUGUCGGACUUCGUGAGGUACCACUACAACGGCACCUUCUUGGACGGCACCCUGUUCGACUCCAGCCACAAUCGGAUGAAGACGUACGACACCUACGUGGGCAUCGGCUGGCUGAUCCCUGGGAUGGACAGGGGCCUCCUGGGCAUGUGCGUGGGAGAGAAGCGCCUCAUCACCAUCCCGCCUUUUCUGGCCUACGGCGAGGACGGCGACGGUAAAGACAUUCCUGGCCAGGCGUCACUGGUCUUUGACGUGGCCUUGUUGGAUCUCCAUAAUCCCAAAGAUGGCAUCGCAGUGGAGCAUGUCUUUGUGCCCCAAGACUGUGAGCGCCAGAGCCGCCCUGGGGACUUCCUGCGCUACCACUACAACGCCUCCCUGCUGGACGGCACCGUGUUUGACUCCAGCUAUUCACGGAACCGCACGUUUGACACCUACAUCGGGCAGGGCUAUGUGAUCGCCGGCAUGGACGAAGGUUUGCUCGGUGUUUGUGUCGGGGAGAGACGCCGGAUCACCAUCCCACCUCACCUGGGCUACGGGGAAGAAGGCCGGGGGAACAUCCCCGGCUCGGCUGUCCUGGUGUUUGACAUCCACAUCAUCGACUUCCACAAUCCCUCGGACUCUGUCAACAUCACGUCCCGCUACAGACCCACCAACUGCUCAGUCCUGAGCAAGAAGGGAGACUACCUCAAGUACCACUACAACGCCUCCCUGCUGGACGGCACCAGGCUGGACUCCACAUUGAAUUUGGGCAAAACCUACAACAUCGUUCUGGGGUCCGGCCAGGUCGUGCUGGGGAUGGACAUGGGCCUCCGAGACAUGUGCGUGGGAGAGAAGCGGACGGUCGUGAUCCCACCCCACCUGGGCUACGGGGAGGCUGGUGUGGCUGGAGAGGUGCCGGGCAGCGCUGUGCUGGUGUUUGACAUCGAACUCCUCGACUUGGUGUCGGGCCUGCCUGAAGGCUACAUGUUUGUCUGGAACGAAGAGGUGUCCCCCAACCUCUUUGAAGAGAUCGACAGGAAUGGGGAUGGGGAGGUUCUCCUGGAGGAGUUCUCAGAAUACAUCCAUGCCCAGGUGGUGACUGGCAAGGGAAAGCUCGCACCUGGUUUUGAUGCCGAAAUGAUCGUGAAGAACAUGUUCACCAACCAGGAUCGUAAUGGAGACGGCAAAGUCACAGCAGAAGAAUUCAAGCUCAAAGACCAAGAGACGAGACACGAUGAACUGUGAAGGCUCAAGGGGGCUGCUGGCCGGGCCUGCCUUGGGGAAGGGAGCACAGGUGAGGCAGGCUACCCCCUGGAGUAAUGCCAUGUCAGAGCUGCCUUAGCUUCUGGUUUCUAAGUCCUCAUUUCUGUUUGCUUCGUCUGCCACCCCAGAGCCUGAGGCCUGGCCUUUCAGCAGUCCCCGAGGGCCCCAAGGCCUGUCCUUCCCAGUGUCUGCUGUCCAUCUGAGCAGCCUCCAGGGCUCCUGGCAGGGCAAAAAGAGCCCAUUUCAUAGAUGAUCCGACGCUCUGCCAAAUUUCCCUCAAGUGAGAAGGGGCCAAAAGGCCCCUGACCAAUCCAGAGAGGCCUGGGCCAGGCUGGGGGGACUCCUCUGCAGAGACUCUGUGCUUUGCCCUCCCCAUGCCACAGUCUCCCCAGGCUUGGGAAGCCAAUGGGACCCUUCUCAGAGCAGGCCACAAAGUCCAGAAGACAGACCCUGCAGGGAGCUACUUAGCUAUUCGAAUUCUGUGCUCGCUCAGGAGGGAUGAGCCCUGUCUGCCCACUAGGAAGCCCUUGGCCCCCCAUUGGCACUGCCCCCAUACUGGCACUGCCCCCAUGUUGGCACUGCCCCCACUGGCCCUUUCUCCUUAAUGAGUGUGAAUGCUCUCACAUUUCUGCCAGCCCCCUCCAUCUGUGCAGGCUGCCUGUGGGUGCCCCUACUCCUGCAUCCUUAGAGCCCAGGACCCCGGGUUUUCCUCCUGCAUUCUCCACUGUGCCACCUGUGACCGUGUAAAGGUGUUUUGUAUGGGCAUGCCGGGCACUGCCCAGAGGGCUGAUAAUGGGAUUUUUGUUACAUAAAAUAGUGAACAAA